CCAGGGCAACGAACCUAGAUGGUGAGAGGGAGAGAUCCUCUUAUAAAUACCAGAACAGACCGCCCUUGUUUUAGAGCUGAAGCUUCUUUCUCUCCUAUCUAUCUCUCUUUCUCGCUCGCUCGCGGCAGAAAUUAGGGUUUGGGAAAAUGGCAGCAGACAAGGGGAAGAAAUCCAAGGUUGCAGAAAGAGGAGAUGAAGAUGAUUCAGAUCACAUCGACGGAGAGCUCGUUCUCUCCAUCGAGAAGCUUCAAGAAAUCCAAGACGAGCUUGAAAAGAUCAACGAGGAAGCAAGCGAUAAAGUGCUAGAAGUGGAGCAGAAGUACAAUGAGAUACGCAGGCCCGUCUAUACCAGACGGAAUGAUAUCAUUCAUUCCAUUCCUGAUUUUUGGUUAACUGCGUUUUUGAGCCACCCCGCACUCUGUGAUCUUCUGAACGAGGAUGACCAGAAGGUUUUCAAGUACUUACUUUCUCUGGAUGUUGAGGAUUUCAAAGAUGUUAAAUCGGGAUAUUCCAUUACGCUUAACUUCUCUCCUAAUCCUUAUUUUGAAGAUACAAAGCUUACAAAGACGUUUUCCUUCUCUGAUGAUGGAACUACAAAGAUAACUGGUACUGCAAUCAAGUGGAAGGAGGGUAUGGAUAUUGCUAAUGGUGUUGAUCAUGCGAAAAAAGGGAGCAAGCGGCCCUUUCAUGAUGAAAGUUUCUUUAGCUGGUUUAGUGAAGUUCAACAGAAAGAUCUUUCAGAAGGGUUUCAUGAUGAGGUAGCUGAGAUAAUUAAGGAAGAUUUAUGGCCUAAUCCUCUGAAGUAUUUCAACAAUGAAGCUGAUGAAGAGGAUUCUGAGGGAGAUGAAGAUGAUGAAGAGGAGAAGGGCACUGAUGGCUUUGAAGAGGAUGAUGAUGAUGAACAGGAUGAUGAUGGUGAAGAUGAGGAGGACAACUAAGUCACUUUGGCAGAUCUCUGUUUUUGGAUUUGAUUGUUACGGGCUCAUGUGAAGCAAGUCCCAUGGUUGCAGAAGGGCUAAGGUAACAAGAGUUUCCUCCAUUUCUAGGCUUUUCUUCUCUUAUGUUCGGCAGUCCUUGUUUUCUUUUUCUUUUCUUCUCUUCUUUCCCCCUACCUCUCUCCAGGGGUUUUUUUACUCUCUGUAACACGUAGCACAGUUGCACAGUAGUCAUUGCAACUGAGGCAAAUCCCAGCUUGCUCGAGAAGUGUUGGGUCUUAUUUGUAGGGAACUUUGGUGGGGCAGAGUAAGGUUUUUCUCUUCUUCUUCUUCCUUCUUCCUUCUUUUGGGCUCUAUUGUUGUAUUGACAAUUUAUAAUAUUAUCUCUCAAAUAUAUAUAUGUUUUGUUA